AUGAAAUUUGCUAUUAUUGCAGCCAUGCUUUUGGUCAGCGCUUUCGCUGCCAGAAUUGAGCUCACUAAGACUAACACUGAGAAGAAGAUGGUCACUCAUCUGAAGGAGUCCUUCGCUAAGGGCAAUAUCAAGACUAUUAGUCAUGCCGAGCUUUUGAGAAGUUCUAAUGAUGUCCCAAUGACCACAAAUUUGGAUAACCUGGUCUUGACCGAUCAUCCAUCUAUCCCACUUGAGAACUUUGAGGACCUUCAAUACUAUGGAGCUGUUGAAGUAGGAAGCAAUGCUGAUUCUUAUAACUUCGUCCUCGAUACCGGAUCAGGAUGGGCUUGGGUAUCUGCUAAGGGAUGCGACAACUGCCCAGGAGAGAACAGAUUUGACUCCUCCAAAUCCACUUCCUUCGAGACCACCGGACAAAGGAAAGACUUGAGCUAUGGUAAAGGAUUCGCUUCCGGACCAAUCUCUUAUGAUGAAUUCUACAUGGGCACUGAGGGAUCAACUCAUCUCAGAUUCAUUCCAGCUGAUAAAUCUAAGGAUAUGGAAGGCACCAAGGCUGAUGGAAUUAUCGGACUCACCCCAGUUUCUACCGGUGGAGAAGAGCUUUUCGUUGACAGACUUCACGAAGAUGGUGUCAUCAACAAGAGAGAAUUCACUACCUACAUUGGAAAGCAAGACGAGCAAUCCUACAUUGACUUCGGAGCUAACGAAGCUGAUACAUCUGAUGUAACCUAUAUCCCACUUUCAAAGUUGCCAGGAACUAGAGAACUCAUCUACUGGAGUGCCGACUUCGAUUCCUUCACUGUUGCAGGACACGACCUUGAUCUCACCUAUACCUCAACUAUUUGGGACACUGGAACUUCAUUGAUUGGAUUUGGUCCAAGUGAUCACAAGAAGGUAGUCAGCGGACUUGCUAACGGAAAGCAACUUGUCAAGACUUCUGAUGGAUUCUACGGAGUUGGAGACUGUAGCGAUGCUUCUCAAAUUGACUCUCUUGACCUUACCUUCAACGGACAUGAAAUCAGUGUUCCAUCUGACGAAUUCGUUGUCCUCUUGCCAGAAGAUAAGCCAGAAUACUGCUUCUUCUUGCUCUUCGAAAUCAAUCUUCCAGGAGCUUUAUUGGGAGAUUCUUUCCUUAGAGACUUGAGCAUCAUCCAUGACCAGGAGGAACAGAGACUUGGUGUCUUCCCAAAGAAGACCGCUGAAGAUCUCAUUAAAGAGUCUGCUUAA